AAACUGGCAGGAUCGUAGUUUAGUGUUCAGUGUAGAGGCAGAUUCACAUCAGGCUCAAUGACUUCAGAUAGGUGUUUAGACGGGAAACACUGGGAUAGAAAUCAGAAUCUUUGUGUUCCAUGUUAUACUAAAUUUAGGAUCCAUGCAGGUUAUGAAUUUUCUGCUAACUGCGGAUUGACGGACGACGGACAUCAUAUCGAGACUGCUUACAAACAAUGCAGUAAAGGAACAUUUAACGACGGAUCUUACGUUAAAUGCCAGACAUGUCGUUCAUCUUGCCCAAAUCCACUGGUUAUUGCAUCUGCGUGCAACAACACCUCUGAUAUUAUCUGCUGCAGACAAAGGGAGCAAGCUUUAAAUGGAACAUGCGUCCCUAAACUAUUGCCGACAACAGAAAAAACAAUUUGGAGUACAACUCUCUCCAGUACUGCCUCUGUUGCCAACUCUGAUCCCUCUCCAAGUUCAACUCAGAGUUUGCCUUCAAAAUCACCUCUCGUGGAUACUCCAAAUUUGACAGGUAUCUAUGUUUUCUUGGGGAUUUUAUCUGCUCUGUCGCUGGUAUGUCUGUUCUUCGUCAUCAAGAGGAGGAAAAGGAACCAUUUCAAUGGAGAAUUUCAAAAAUGUUGCAAUGGAGCAGUUCGGGAAAGCCUGACUAAAAAGGGCUUAGAAAGAUUUCAACAGAACGUCGCAUACAACGUAAUCAAAGAAACCAGUAAAAAGGAUCAAACGACUGGACCCUCGCAUCUGUUAGCUCCUGGGGUCCAGAAUGCGCCUCUGAGUACAGUGCUCAACAAUCUGGAUGUUCUUGAGGAGCUGGUGUUUGUUUUAGACCCAGACAUCGCUGGGGUUAAAAACACACGUCACCUUGCCAGUCAGUGCUCCUUUUCCUUCGCCUGGAUCAAUUACGCAUAUUCCAUGAAGGACCACAAAAGCCCCCUGGUCGCCGUUUUGGAGGGUGCCGUCACCAAAAAUCCAGACUGGACCGUGGGAGACCUGGCCGAGAUGCUGAGCACCAUCGGACGCAACGAUGCGGUGGAGAUUUUGGCAAAGCUUUCUGUUGGCGUAGAAGAAUAGUUACCGUGGUAUUACAAACACACAGCAGUAUUAUAUGUUGUACGUACGUAUUGUUUGACAUGCAACUAGUUUGUAAAUAUGCUCUGUGAAUGUAUAUGAGUUUGCACAAUCACAUUGUCAGUAUUGAAAUGAACUUUUUCGUAUGAAGGGCCAAAAACCAAAUAUCAUUAUCAGCUACAUUUCCAUCCACCUAUUUUUGUGCGCAUUAUGGAUAUGCGCAUGAAAAAGUCAGUUGAUGGAAAUGCCAAGAUGUGCAUAGGGGAGAGCGGGGAACAAAGUAACGCUUUUUGGUUUUGGUCAAAUAAUGAACAAAGUAAUGGGGUUAGACCAGGGGUGGGCAAACUCUGUCCUGGAGGGCCGGUGUCCUGCACAG